GCCUUAGGUGUCGGUUGUAGAGUCAGUUGUUACGGCAGCGGCAGUCCGUUUUGUUUGGUCGUUAGAUUUUUGUUUCGUUUUGAUUAUUUCGCACAUUUGUUUAUAAACCUGCCCCAGCCAGUGCCUGCGCGUAGAACAAGUUUUCCUUAGAACAUAAAUACACAGCUGCGUGAAGCAAAAUGGAUGCACUUAGCGACUUAUUGGCACCGCACAGUGAAACCAUCGGUAAAAUAGCCGGCACAAUAACUACACUACAAUUUCUAUCCGGCAUAGCGCUCUUAAAUGAUAUACGCAAAAAGGGCAGCAGCGAUAUUUAUCCCAUUGGACCAUUUCUAGGCGGUAUAGUGCUAACCGUGCUCAGCUUAAAGCUGGGUCAGAUUAUGGGCGAUCAGCCCAUGAUUAAUGUUAAUGUCAUCGGCUUUGCGAUCAAUUCGAUAUUCCUGGUUGGCUUCUAUUACUAUGCCUCGAGCGAGAACAAAUCCAAGAUCUGGGUCAAGAUUGGCUAUGCCACACUGUUCCUGAUGGCCUGCAUAGCAUAUGCCAACUUCGAGGAUCCCAAGCGAAUUGAGUUCCGCCUGGGCAUGUUGAUCACAUCGAUACUCGUCUGGCUAGUUGGCUCACCGUUGCUCAAUUUGCCCAACAUCAUCAAGAAGAAGAGCACGGAGGGCAUGCCCUUUCCCAUCAUCUUUGCCGGACAGCUGGUUGCCACUGCCUGGACCUUGUAUGCAGUGUCCAUACGCAAUCAUGUCAUGGUGUAUCAGAAUUUGUUCCUGUGGGUCUUGGGUGGCAUCCAGCUGGUGAUGUUUAUGAUCUAUCCCAGCACACCUGCCAAGAAGCCCGCUGCCAAGUCCGAGAAGAAGAAGGAGAAAUAAAUAACUUCAAGUACCUAAAUUAAAUGAAUUAAGAAAGCCAUGGAAGGCAUCUGGCGUCCCUAACAUCAUCUAGAAUUUUCGACUUAACUAAUUAUUCCAGUUUCGAACUCAAACGCUUCUAGUACAAUUUUGACUAAACAAUAAUCAGGCAGGGUUCCAUCUAAUAAUAAUAAUUAGCUAAGCUUCUACUCAACAAAUUCAAGUGUUGUACAUAUUCGAUUUCUGAUUACAUUUUGUAUUAAUUAUGAUUAUAAGCCAUAAAAACUGGAUCAGAAUUUACAUACUUAUAUAAAUAGAGAAAGAUAUUUGAAAUGCCUAUUACUCUUCUUGUAAAAUAAACUAAUUUAAUGGUUAUUUUUAAAUAAAUAACAUUUGUACAAAAUGUAUGAAACUAUUUGCAAAUUUUGACAAUAAUUCAAAUCUUCCAAAUGCAUAUAGUAUAUAUAUGUCUACAUAUAUAUAGUAAUAUCAAGAUAUUAAUUCAAUAAACCAUAAACAUGUUGCAAUUCA